CCCCCGCUCCCCCCGCCCCAUAACGUUGUCUCCGCUCCCGAGUCCCUCCCCUGGUCCCCUCCCCGGCGGGGACCGCAGCGCUGGGCGAGCUGGAGCCGGGGGCGCACCCGAGGGCGGGGAGCCCAGCUGGGCAGCCCGCUCCUGCCCCCGCGCUGCACUUGGCCCCGUCUCCAGACCCGAUGGAGGAGGAGGAAGAGGAGAUGGAGGAGCGGGAGGGGAGCUCUCACUCUGAGGGACGCAGGCUGGUCAUCUCCAUGGAUGGGGAUUCAUCGCAGUCCCCUUCUCAGCCAAAGUGGGGCUCUCCCAUGCCUCCAUACGGGCAGCCCGAGCUGCAGCAGGAGGAAGAGGAACCAGAGGAUGAGGAGGAGGACCAGGAGUUCCAGGUGCGGACGUUGAGGAUCCCAGCGGAUGGGGACUUACUGGACUCUGCAGCUUUCCCGGAGGAGCUGUCUGAGGAGGAGGAGGGAGAUGAGGAGGAAGAGGAGCUGGUAAUCAGAAGGGUGAAGGCAGAGGAGGAAGAGGACCAAGAGUCUGAGCUGGAGUCGGUGGCACACCGGGGCUCGCUGCCUGCGAAGGAGCCAGUGAUGGAUUCGGAAGUGCAGGUGGAGCCCAAACUCGAGGGGCAGAAGCUGAGGAUCCCAGUGGAGGGGAAUUCUCCUGUCCUGCAACUGAUGGCAUCCCCGGGGGGUGGGGGCAGGACGAGGGCACCGAUGCCGGAGCGCUCCAACACCUGUGUGGAGUGUGGCAAGAGCUUCAGCCGUCGCUCCAAUCUGGUGAAGCACCAGAUCAUCCACACCGGCGAGAAGCCCUUCUCGUGUGGGGAGUGUGGACGCAGCUUCACCCAGAGCUCAGCCCUUACCAAGCACCAGCGCACCCACACCGGGGAGCGCCCCUACGUCUGCGGGGAGUGCGGCAAGGCCUUCACCGCCAGCUCCAACCUGCUGCAGCACCAGCGUUUCCACACCGGGGAGCGCCCCUACGUCUGCGGCGAGUGCGGCAAGGCUUUCAGCCAGAGCUCCAACUACAACCUGCACCGGCGCACCCACACCGGAGUCACCCCCUACCAGUGCGGCGUCUGCGGCAAGCGCUUCACGGGCAGCUCCUGCCUGGCUCGCCACCGGCGCACCCACACCGGCGAAAAGCCCUACCAGUGCUCCGAGUGCGGCAAGCGCUUCUCCGGCAGCUCCACCCUGGUCAACCACCGGCGCACCCACACUGGCGAAAAGCCCUACGGCUGUGCGGAGUGCGGCAAGGCUUUCACCCACCAUUCCAACCUGGUGGACCACUGGCGCGUCCACACUGGCGAGAAGCCCUACAUCUGUGCUGAGUGCGGCAAGAGCUUCCGGCUCAGCUCCCACAUCAUCCGGCACCGGCGCACCCACGCCAACGCCGGCGCUGCCAACGCCAACGGGGCUGACCGCCUGUACAUCUGCAGCCAGUGUGGCAAGGGCUUCCAGGUCGGACCCAGCCACCUGCAGCAGCAAGCCCACCAGGAAGAGGGACCCUAUAGCUGUACCGAGUGUGGCAAUAGCUGCUGGACGGUCAGGAGUCCUUGGUUCAUUAAGUGGGUAGAAAUUCCUAGAAGAUCCAAGAGCCACCAACCUUGGGGUCACCCGCGCUGGGUCUGCCUCUCUCCCCGCAACACUGGGGCUGGGAGGGGUGGUUCCUGUGUGUCUCAUUCCUUCUGUGGCUCUGAUUUCUCUCCACUCUCCAGAGAGGUGAUCAUCCCCUGGGCUGAUCUCACACCCCCCCCCCCCUUGGACGUGCCCCACCUGUACAGAUGGUGCUCCAGAGGGUCCACUGCUGAUGCCAGGUGCUUCCCAGGGAGAUACGGCUGUGCCCUGGCUCAGAGACGGGCCAUGGCUGCCCAGGUGGCUCCCCCAACUGCUCUCAGGCUCCAGUUCCAGCCCCCACUGGGAUGUGGCCUGGUUCCCAAAGAGGAAGUGGAGGAGCCGGAUGCCCACGGACCCAUCAACAUGGAGAUGCAUCGUCUGCGGUUCAGGGGUUUCCGCUACCAGGAGGCUGAGGGGCCCCGGGAAGCGUACGGCCACCUCUGCCUCCUCUCCCGGGCGUGGCUGAGGCCGGAGCAGUGCUCCAAGGAGCAGAUGCUGGAGCUGCUGGUGCUGGAGCAGUUCCUGAGUAUCCUGCCCCAGGAGAUCCAGAGCUGGGUGGGGGGGUGUCACCCCCAGACCGGGGAGCAGGCUGUGGCCCUGGCAGAGGGUUUCCAGUUAGCCAAGCAAGAGCCCGGAAUAUGGCCGCAGCAGGAGGAGCUGGUGACAUGGGAGAAGGAGGCUGCGUGUUCCUCUGGGGCAGGGCUGGCCCCAGAACAUGGCAAGGUCUGCAGGGAGAUUAAGGAGGAGGAGGAGGAGACUCUGAUCUCGCCAGCAGAUUCCAGGGUAGAGGAGGGGAAUCCCCAGCAGGAGGGGUCUGUGGGAUCGAAGACACGUGGGACAUCCCCGAGCCCCAAGCAGGGAGACGCCCUGGGUAAUGGACUGAACUCAUCCGCUAAGCAUGAAAUGAGUUUCUCUGACCUCGAGACCCCAGCGGAGGGGAGAGUCAAUCGGUCCGACUGCGGAGGUGAGAACCAGGGUGGGGCGUGCAGGCCACGGGGGGACCCCCUGGCGAAGAGCCCCAAGGCCAGGAGCCCCAACGCCUGCGCCGUGUGCGGCAAGACCUUCAGCAACAGCUCCAACCUGAAGAAGCACCAGACCACCCACACCGGGGAGAAGCCCCACGGGUGCCCCCAGUGCGGCAAGCGCUUCAGCCACAGCUCCAACCUGCGCAAGCACGAGCGCACCCACACCGGCGAGCGCCCCUUCCGCUGCCCCGAGUGCGGCAAGAGCUUCCGCGAGAGCUCCAAGCUGCUCCGCCACCAGAGCACCCACGGCCGCGAGCGCCCCUUCCGCUGCGCCGAGUGCGGCAAGGCCUUCGGCGACGUGGCCCGCUGUCUGCGGCACCAGGCCCGGCACACGGCGCGGGCCUACGCCUGCGGGGAGUGCGGCAAGAGCUUCCGCCAGAGCUCCACCCUGCUGCUGCACCAGCGCGUCCACACCGGCGAGAAGCCCUUCACCUGCCCCGACUGCGGCAAGAGCUUCAGCGUCAACGCCAACCUGGCGCAGCACCGGCGCACCCACACCGGCGAGCGCCCCUUCCCCUGCGCCCAGUGCGGGAAGCGCUUCACCCAGAAAGCCACCCUGGUCAAGCAUCAGCGCACCCACCGGCGCGGUGAGGGGGCUGGCGACGCCGCAGGGCCCAGGCUGGUGCAGCACCUGCGGUUCUUCCCGGAGCAGGGCCCUUCACCUGGCCAGAUGUGGGAGAUGCUGCGGCUGCAGCUGGGCGCCCGCUCGCCUGCCCCGGGGCCGCAGUGGAGGACUGGGGACGUGCCUAUGGGCUGA